AUGGGAAAGGCAAAUUGGACGAACCCCCACUGGUCAUGUGUACAUUGGUGCCUGGAAUGCGAAUUGAAAAUCUCCUUUGUUCCUGGGUUGACGAAGUACGGAACAACGCUCUUGUUCUCCUUUGUCGCUCUGAUUUGGCACACGUACGCGUCCAAGAGGACACUGAAAACGAUCCGAAAUACGAAUUGCCCUUCAGCUGACACUGCCUGACAGCCUUGCUUGAAUCACUUCGCAAGCUAAGGGAAAGGGAUUUUCCAACACGGCAAUUCCCUUCACGUUAAAAAGCAGGUGGCGACGAUGCGUGUAUGAUCGACAAUCCCCGGCAGUCUAUCGCCCUAGAUG